UCUCUCUCUCUCCCUCUCGCCUUCUCUCUCUCUGUCUGUCUCACUACUGUCGGAUCUACCCGCGCGAACAGAAUGGGUGUUGAGGUUGAAACAAUAUCUCCAGGAGACGGAAGAACCUUUCCGAAGAAAGGACAGACAUGCGUUGUGCAUUACAUAGGGAUGCUGCAGAAUGGAAAGAAGUUUGACUCGUCACGAGACAGAAACAAGCCAUUCAAGUUCAAGAUCGGCCGACAGGAAGUCAUCAAGGGCUGGGAGGAAGGAGUCGCACAAAUGAGUUUGGGUCAGCGGGCGAAGAUCACCUGCACCCCAGAUAUGGCGUACGGGGCCACGGGACACCCAGGUGUCAUUCCUCCCAAUGCCACGCUUAUAUUUGACGUAGAGCUGCUGAAACUGGAGUGAACCACUAGCUUUUACAGGGCUGAAGUCUUCAAAUGGAGAAGGAGGAGAAACACUAGUCCCGCCCCAUCAACAAAACCUCCUUCGACAUCAUUUUUUGUUUUCAUUACAAAUGUAAUGUGUAGACAGCGUUUAAUUCUUUUCUACGCAUGAUGACUUUAACACUAUUUUGGCAUCACGGUUUUAAUCCGCUACAUGCUGAGUGUUGUCAUAUUUCUUUGAUUUUCAAUUAGCAUUUUCCUGAAAUUAUGGGAAUACAAUAGAAUCAUUAAAAUCAGGAUCAGACUGAAUCCACUGCCUUACUGAAUUUAGUAGGGUUAGUAUUUUACUGGAGGGGUUAAUGGGCUUUAACUCAGAUUUUUCUUUUUUUUGAGGGGCAUUAACAAGCACUGUCUGCAUUGCCACUUUUGAUAGACGUAUAUCCUGCUGAGUGCAUAUGAUAAUGAUACUGUAUUUGCUAUAUAUUUUAUAUAUAUAUAUAAAUAUAUCCCUUACAAACAUUUGCUGUAAGUCUCAUUCAAAACUAUAAAAAUGAGAUGUGGAACAAACUGAUUAUGUAUUAUUGAGUGACAUUUGAUCAAUUUGCUCAAUAAAGAUAUUUGAACUCUUUGAA